AAACUCAAAUUUCGCAGCAGCUGAGCCGAGUUCCAUGCCUUCUCGGGAAACAAAGCAGUAGAUGGAUGAGGCACAUCGCGUCAGCGGCAACCGCCUGCGGUACGCGCCAGAAAUAAUAAUUAGGGGAUCCUGAUAAGUGUUGGCACAAGUAGCUUGCCAGCACCCAACUCCAAGCAAGCCAUAACUGCAAGAAAGCAACGGCAGCAAGAAACCUUGUAAACAUCGGAGCAUAGAUCGCGGCGGUGAUGGCGGCCAAGGUGAGGACGGAGCUGGACGUGGGCGCCGACGGCGUGGCCGUAAUCACCAUCUACAAUCCGCCCGUCAACUCCCUCUCCAUCGACGUCUUACAUAGCUUAAAAGAAAGCUAUGAAGAAGCACUUCGGAGAAACGAUGUUAAAGCUAUUGUCGUUACAGGGAAAGGAGGGAAAUUUUCUGGAGGAUUUGAUAUUAGUUCCUUUGGUGGUGUUCAAGGAGGCCAAACAAUGCAACCAAAGGUUGGCUACAUAGCAAUAGAUAUUCUCACAGAUACUGUAGAAGCUGCGACAAAGCCAUCAGUGGCAGCAAUUGAUGGUCUUGCUCUUGGUGGGGGUUUAGAAGUUGCCAUGGCAUGCCAUGCACGGAUUGCAACUCCAACAGCUCAAUUAGGUCUUCCAGAACUUCAGUUAGGAAUUAUUCCAGGAUUUGGAGGAACACAGCGACUCCCACGACUGGUUGGUCUGACAAAAUCUUUGGAAAUGAUGCUGUUAUCUAAGCCAAUCAAGGGCGGUGAGGCACACCAACUGGGUCUGGUUGAUGCCUUAGUUUCUCCUAAUGAUUUGGUGAAUACUGCUCGUCAAUGGGCUUUGGAUAUAUAUGAAUGUAGGAGGCCCUGGAUCAAAAGCCUUUAUAAGACUGACAAGCUAGAACCUCUUGGGGAGGCUAGGGAAAUUCUGAAGUUUGCAAGAGCUCAAGCUCAAAAGCAGGCAGCUAAUCUUCAUCACCCACUUGUUUGUAUUGAUGUCAUUGAAGAAGGUAUAGUUGCAGGACCACGGGCUGGACUCUGGAAGGAAGCAACUUCUUUCCAGGAACUGCUUUUCUCAGAUACUUGUAAAAGCUUAGUUCAUGUGUUCUUUUCUCAGCGGGCAACGUCUAAGAUUCCAGGUGCUACAGACUUGGGGUUGAUGCCUAGGAAAAUAACUAAAGUUGCCAUUCUAGGUGGUGGGCUUAUGGGUUCAGGAAUUGCAACUGCGAUGGUAUUAAGUAACUAUCCUGUGCUACUUAAAGAAGUAAAUGAGAAGUUCCUAACUGCUGGAAUCAACAGAAUCCAAGCCAAUUUGCAGAGUCGAGUAAAGAAAGGAAAAAUGACCGAGGAGCGAUAUGAGAAGGCUAUGUCUCUCGUUACUGGUGUCCUUGAUUAUGAACGUUUCAAAGAUGUAGACCUCGUUAUAGAGGCAGUUAUUGAGAAUGUGAAGUUGAAGCAGCAAAUAUUUUCUGACUUAGAGAAGUACUGUCCUUCACAUUGCAUCCUUGCUACUAACACAUCUACAAUUGAUCUUAAUCUGAUUGGGGAGAAAACAAAGGCUCAAGAUCGUAUUGCUGGUGCACACUUCUUUAGUCCUGCGCAUGUGAUGCCACUUCUGGAAAUAGUUCGUACUCAGCACACUUCACCACAAGUUGUUGUUGACUUGCUGGAUGUUGGGAAGAAGAUUAAAAAGACACCAAUAGUCGUCGGGAACUGUACUGGCUUUGCAGUUAAUAGGAUGUUCUUUCCAUACACUCAAUCAGCACUCUUUUAUGUUGAUCUUGGUAUGGAUGUUUAUAAGAUUGAUCGUGCUUGUACCAAAUUUGGAAUGCCUAUGGGUCCUUUCAGACUGGCAGAUCUGGUUGGUUUUGGUGUGGCUGUGGCCACUGGUAUGCAAUACCUUGAAAAUUUCCCAGAGAGGGUCUACAAAUCAAUGCUACUUCCUCUGAUGAUGGAGGGCAAUAGGGCAGGUGAAGCCACCCAAAAAGGAUUUUACAAGUAUGAGGGCAAGAGGAAAGCGACUCCUGAUCCUGAAAUUAUGAAAUAUAUUGAAAAAUCUAGGAGCAUGGCAGGAGUUACACCAGAUCCUGAGCUGAUGAAGCUAAGUGAGAAAGACAUAGUCGAGAUGGUGUUUUUCCCGGUGAUAAAUGAAGCCUGCCGAGUCCUUGAUGAGGGUAUCGCCGUCAAGGCUUCUGACCUAGACAUCGCUUCAAUCUUUGGCAUGGGGUUCCCACCUUAUAGGGGAGGUGUCAUGCACUGGGCAGAUUCCAUCGGCGCAAAGUACAUCCAUGGAAAGUUGGAGGAGUGGACAAAGCGGUAUGGGGGCUUCUUCAAGCCCUGCUCUUACCUCGCUGAAAGAGCUGCAAAAGGGAUUCCUCUGAGUGCACCAACAAAGAAAGUUCAGGCUCGGCUAUAAGAUGAUUUCCUUGUGGAUGGAGGAGACAAUAAUGGAUUCCGGUGAAGCAUUUGGAAUGCGUAGAGCUGUAGGCUACCACUAUCACAUGCAUGUAACGCAAUAUACUACUGUGAAAAUAAAGUGCACUGCACGGCGGUUUUUUUAUAUAUAAAUACAAGGAUUUUUUUCU